AUGUCACAAAAAAUAAAAAUAACAACAGAAUUUAUUGGUAUUGGCUGUAACAAAGUAGCCCAAGUAGCAGCGUGGGCAAAGAAUGGGUUGGUGGCAUUUGGCGCGAACAAUUUUGUUGCAUUGUACUAUCCCACGAAUCCAGAAGCGAGAGGCGUCGUGGUAACGUUAGGUGGACAUACUGCAUGUGUCAAUUGUGUUGAUUUCAUUAAUAGAGGUGACGAAAAAGAACAAACAAACGUUGCAAUAGUCUCCGGAUCUGCAGAUAGAACCGCGCGAAUAUGGAAAAAAACUUCUGCCGGGAAGUAUGUUAGUUCGGCCGUAUUACUAGGACAUUCCGGUUCGAUAAACACACUUGGUGUCGUUCGUGCCCGAUCCAUACUGACUGAACGCGAUAUUGUGGCUACCGGAUCUGCUGAUGGUACUAUUAAGAUAUGGGAACGAACGAUCGAAAAUGAAACAGAAGAUAAGGUUGAAUGCUUACAAACAAUCGACUGUGGAACCAAGUAUCCUCUGGCGUUGGCGAUUACUUAUUUACCUAAUACUCAAGCGGCUGGAGGCACAGAAAGACGCGUUGUAUUGUAUAUCACGAUUGACGGGAAGUUUGUAGAGUCGAUUUCACUUCAAGGGCAUGAAAACUGGAUCCGAUCUCUCUCUUUUGCAUCCGCCGCGUCUUCUAUUUCGGUGUCUAAUGAAUCACCAAAGAAUGCGUAUGCUAUACACGACGGUGAUCUCCUGCUCGCCAGCGCAUCGCAGGAUAAAUAUGUGAGGCUAUGGAAGAUUGCCCGUAUUGGUGAGGAAAUGAACGACGAGGAUAAAGGGACGACAGAGAAGGGUGGCGAUUAUGUAAAGGAAAACGAUAGUGGGAUGUUGACAGACGACAUUAUUUCUGCUUUACGGGGAAGCACCAUAUCAGAUGAUAAGGUACAGCUAAGUACCCGUGCUCAUAUUAUCGAAGUUGAAGUGUCUAGACAGGAAGAUGAGACCAAGAGAAGACAACGUUAUAGCAUAAUGUUCGAGGCUUUGCUUAUGGGCCAUGAUGAUUGGGUUUACAGUGUUGAUUGGCAACCUGCGUGCUUCGUAAAAGACGCGACCAAUAACUUAGUCUACCAUCAACCACUCUGCCUGCUAACCUCUUCAUCAGACAAAUCUAUGAUGAUCUGGAAACCAGAACCUGACACCGGAAUAUGGGUUAAUUCGGUUCGAGUUGGGGAAAUUGGUGGUUAUGCCCUUGGACUCUAUGGCGGAUUAUUUGCACCCGAUGGAAAGCAUAUUUUAGCACACGGACAUACAGGAGCUUUCCAUUUAUGGAAGAUGAUUACUGAGAAUGAAGAUAAUCAACAUUGGCGACCGCAGAUAUCAAUAAGUGGUCACUUCAAAGCUGUUCAGAGUAUUACUUGGGAUCCUCUGUGUCGAUUUCUUGUUUCCGUCAGCCUUGAUCAGACAGCAAGACUAUAUGCACCCUGGCGACGGAACACGGACGAGGGCAAGCAGCUAAUGACUUGGCAUGAGAUCGCCAGACCACAAAUUCAUGGCUACGAUAUUCAGUGUAUCAGUUUUGUAGACGAGUGGAAAUAUGUCAGCGGAUCUGACGAGAAGGUUAUUCGCGUAUUCAGUGCACCAAAGACUUUUGUGGAAUCUCUAUCCAAACUCACAAAUUCACUCAGUACAAGUAAGGAUGCGUCAUCUCGCCCUAUAGGAGCAAAUCUCCCAGCAUUGGGCCUGUCCAAUAAGGCAGUCUUCGAAUCAGACAUUGCGAAGUUGGGGGAAAACGAAGAAUUUCUCAAUGGACAGAGCUACGCACAUCCUUCCGCGACGCCCAGUUCUUUGACCGAGGCUAUGGAACGACCACCAUUCGAGGAGCAUCUGCUGCAGCAUACGCUUUGGCCUGAAAUUUAUAAGCUAUAUGGACAUGGUUAUGAGUUGAUUAGUGUUGCUAGCAGCCAUUGCGGAAAGAUUAUUGCUUCUUCUUGUAAGGCAACAACGCCAGAACACGCUGUAAUACGACUUUUUGACACCGCAACGUGGAAAGAAAUUCCCAACCCAUUACAAGCUCACUCUCUAACCGUAACACAAAUACAAUUUUCACAUAACGAUAGAUACUUGUUAACGGUAUCCCGUGAUAGAAUGUGGUCAUUGUUUGAGAGAUGUGAAGCAGUUCCUCCAUACAAAUUGGUUACAAAGAACAAAGCACACGCGCGGAUAAUAUGGGAUUGUUCAUGGAGUCAUGAUGACCUAUUGUUUGCUACUGGAUCCCGAGACAAGAGCGUGAAAAUCUGGCGUCAAGUCGAAAACAAAGAUUCUAGCUCGUGGUCGCAGGUGACAACUUUGAAAUUUGCCGAGGCAGUAACUGCUUUGGAUUUUGCUGGAUGCCUUACUCAUGGAUGUUAUAUCUUGGCAAUCGGACUGGAGAAUGGUGAUAUCCUCUUGUAUCAAUCGAAGUUAUCAGAUGCGGCUAAAUGGACAUAUUUGCAUGCAAUAGAGAAGUAUUUAUCUCAUAUUUCAACCGUCACUCGACUCGUGUGGCGGAAACCACAAAAUAACGAUGUGGGCACAUUACAGAUAGCAAGUUGUGCUACGGAUCAUUCCGUAAGGCUUUUUAAUGUCAUGUACGAACAGUAG